CUUCAGGCAGAGGAGCCAGGAGAAGCCGCCAGGACACACAGGCCCAUGGGAAAGCAGGCCGUGGUCACCUCAGGACCGGGAAGGACGACGUGGGGUGGUGGGCAGUGAGGGAGCCAUUCUCCCUCCCAACACUUGCGCCAUGCAGCUUGGGACAGGACACCUCGGACAGUACAGGCAGUGACCCAUCCCACCCCUAAGUCCCCUGGGGAGGCCACUGCCCAGCCCUCCACCCUGUCCCCACAGGCAGAGUGUCCCGAGAUGGCUGGGCAUGGGUGGGGUGCACCAUGGGUGCUUGUGGCAGCCGCCACAUUACUGCACGCGGGCGGGCUGGCCCAAGGUGACUGCUGGCUGAUCGAGGGUGACAAGGGCUUCGUGUGGCUGGCCAUCUGCAGCCAGAACCAGCCGCCCUAUGAGGCCAUCCCCCAACAGAUCAACAACACCAUCGUGGACCUGCGGCUUAACGAGAACCGCAUCCGCAGUGUGCAGUAUGCCUCCCUGAGCCGCUUUGGGAACCUCACAUACCUCAACCUCACCAAGAAUGAGAUAGGCUACAUCGAGGACGGGGCCUUCUCUGGCCAGUUCAACCUCCAGGUGCUGCAGCUGGGUUACAAUCGGCUGCGCAACCUUACGGAGGGCAUGCUGCGGGGCCUGAGCAAGCUUGAGUACCUGUACCUGCAAGCCAACCUCAUUGAGGUGGUGAUGGCCAGCGCCUUCUGGGAGUGUCCCAACAUCAUCAACAUAGAUCUCUCCAUGAACCGUAUCCAGCAGCUGGGCAGCGGCACUUUUGCAGGCCUGACCAAGCUCUCAGUGUGUGAAAUUUACAGCAACCCUUUCUAUUGCUCCUGUGAGCUGCUGGGCUUCCUGCGCUGGCUGGCCGCCUUCACCAAUGCCACGCAGACCCACGACCGGGUACAGUGUGAGUCGCCUCCUGUCUAUGCCGGCUACUUCCUGCUGGGCCAGGGCCGCCAUGGCCACCAGCGUAGCAUCCUCAGCAAACUGCAGUCUGUGUGUACUGAGGACUCCUACACAGCUGAGGUGCUUGGCCCACCUCGCCCAGUGCCAGGCCGGUCACAGCCAGGACAUUCGCCACCACCACCUCCACCGGAGCCCAGCGACAUGCCCUGUCCUGAUGAUGAGUGCUUCUCUGGUGACGGCACGACGCCGCUGGUGGUCCUCACUACCCUGGCCACUCAGGUGGAGGCUCGUCCCUCCAUGAAAGUCAAGCAGCUGACCCAAAACUCGGCCACCAUCAUGGUGCAGCUGCCGAGCCCGUUCAACCGCAUGUACACGCUGGAGCAGUACAAUAACAGUAAAUCGUUCACCGUGUCCAAGCUGACCCAGCCUCAGGAGGAGAUCCGCCUCACCAACCUCUACACCCUCACCAACUACACAUACUGCGUGGUCUCCACCAGCUCUGGCACCCAUCACAACCACACCUGCCUUACCAUCUGCCUGCCCAAACCGCCCAGCCCACCUGGUCCCGUGCCCAGCCCCUCCACAGCCACUCACUACAUCAUGACCAUCCUGGGCUGCCUCUUUGGCAUGGUGCUGGUUCUGGGCGCUGUCUACUACUGCCUGCGCAAGCGGAGGCGACAGGAGGAGAAACAUAAGAAGGCGGUGGCGGCAGCGGCUGGCAGCCUGAAAAAGACCAUCAUUGAACUUAAGUAUGGGCCUGAGAUUGAGGCCCCUGGGCUAGCCCCGCUGACCCAGGGCCCCCUGCUGGGUCCCGAGGCUGUGACUCGAAUCCCCUACCUGCCAGCCACCACCAGUGAUGUGGAGCAGUACAAGCUGGUGGAGAGUAGCGAGACCCCUAAAGCCACCAAGGGGAACUACAUUGAAGUGCGCACAGGGGAGCCGCCAGAACGCAGAAGCUGUGAGCUGAGCCGGCCAGGCCAGGAAACCCAGCACUCAGUAACGGAGAUCUCCACCAUCGCCAAGGAGGUGGAUCGGGUCAACCAGAUCAUUAACAAUUGCAUCGACGCACUCAAGUCUGAGUCCACUUCCUUCCAGGGCGCCAAACCCGGGGCCGCGCCUGCAGCUGAGCCGCAGCUGGUACUGCUGUCCGAGCCUCUGGCUAGCAAGCACGGCUUCCUGUCCCCUGUAUACAAAGAUGCCUUUGGCCACGGUGGCCUGCAGCGGCACCACAGCGUGGAGGCUGCGCCCGGGCCCCCCAGGGCCAGCACUUCAUCCAGCGGUUCUGCACGUAGCCCUCGCUCCUUCCGGGCUGAGGCCACCGGCACACAUAAGGCCCCAGCCACUGAGACCAAGUACAUUGAAAAAAGCUCACCUGUGCCCGAGACCAUCCUCACUGUGACACCCGCGGCCACCGUGCUGCGGGCUGAGGCCGACAAGGGUCGCCAGUAUGGCGAGCAUCGGCACUCGUACCCCGGCUCCCACCCUGCUGAGCCACCUGCUCCGCCACCACCUCCACCCGCUCAUGAGGGGAUCGGGGGCCGCAAGGCAUCCAUCCUGGAGCCUCUGACCCGGCCACGACCCCGAGACCUCGUCUACUCGCAGUUGUCCCCGCAGUACCAUAACCUGAGCUAUUCAUCCAGCCCCGAGUACACCUGCAGGGCGUCCCCGAGCAUCUGGGAGCGCCUCAGACUGAGCCGUCGGAGGCACAAGGAUGACGCAGAGUUCAUGGCGGCUGGCCACGCCCUGCGUAAGAAGGUCCAGUUUGCCAAAGAUGAGGACCUGCAUGACAUCCUAGACUACUGGAAAGGCGUGUCCGCCCAGCACAAGUCCUGAAUCUCCCUCCAUCCCUCGGCAGGGCCCAAGGCAACCCGGCCCUGUCCUCUCCGAAACUCGUGAUGCUCAGUGGACCAAAAAGGAUAGACCAUCCGCAGCAGCUAACCCUGACUGAGACUCAACACUAAGCCCAACAUACGUGCACAACAAGGGGCUGCUGGGCUCAGCGCCCGGCCUGCAGGGACAGCUUGAGGAGGCCGCAGGUGGCCGAGACAGUAGAUAUACUAACUUUCAUGUAAACUGUACUGUGCCUGCUGCCUGGUGCAAGCAAGCAAGCCACCCACACACACACACACAUGUGCGCGCACACACACAAACAUACCCCCCCACACACAGCACAAGUAUGCACACAUGCACAAACACACAUACAUACACACACAAACACACACACACACAGCACAAGCAUGCACACAUGCACAAACACACAUAUACACACACACA